AUGGACCGUACCACACUGGAAUGGUUUGGAGCCACAACCUACCGACUUAGAGCCAAAGGUGUCACUAUCUUCUUGGAUACAUGGCUAGAUAGACCGGCCGUACUACCACAGUAUCUUGGAGUCGAUGAUGUGAACGAAGCAGAUUACAUCUUCAUUUCUCAUGCUCAUUUCGAUCAUCUUCCAGGAGCUGAUCGUAUUGCAAUCAAAACGGGGGCAAUUGUAGUAGCGAACUGUGAGGCGAUCAACUGCCUGAGGAAAGCUGGUGUUCCCGAGGAGCAAUUAUUUCCGGUCCAAGGAGGAGAACGUCUCCCAUUGUUUACAAAAGAAGUUCGGCUUCAAGCACAGCGUCAUGAGGUACCUUUGGCUGAAUUUCCACCCGGUCGACCUCCUUAUCCCCAUCACUCUCUUGCAGCAUUGUCAGUCCAUGUGUGGCCUUCUCUACACUGCUUUAUGCCGCACCCGACACCAGAAGUCAUGGACACUGGAGUUCCAUAUAGGGACGAGAAUCCUUAUAGCAGCACACUGGAUAUCACUUUGGGCAUGAAGCAUUACUUGCUCAAAAUGGGUGAUGUAAUUCCACCAGAACGCAUGACUGAUGGUAUGAGAUCGUUCUGCACUUACGUUGGCGACCGUGAGAGGCACAUCUUUUCUCACUGCGAUGGAGGUCAACUCAUGUUUAACAUCAUUAUCGACGGCAACGCUCUGCUUUGGAGUUCACAUUUGGGUGGUUAUGAGGGAAUCCUAAAAAGCAUCGAACCUAAACCCCGAGUAGCGAUCCUCGGCAUAGCUGGGCGAGCCAAUCUCAACGGCAGACCAUUCGUUGGGUCGGCAGCAGAAUUCGCUGCGCAACAGAUACAAUGGCUGGGGCAGCCAAGCCAGGUAAUAUGGUGCUUGCAAGAUGAAAGGUCAGAGAUAUCCACCACCAAACACGAAGUCUUAAAUAAAUAA